UUUAUAAAGAUUGCGCUCAGUUGUGAAUUCGACACGGUUGUGAUAAGUUGAACGUUCCCAAUCAAAAUUUAAAGCUCAAGUAAAAUGGCCCAAAAAUUCGUUAUUGUUGCCGCUGUUGUGUGCGUUUUGGCUGCAUUCGUGCACUCGGCACCACAAUUCCAAAAUCAAAACCAAUCCCGUGGCCCACAACAAUUCAGCCAACCACAACAGUCAUUCCAAGCUCAACCAAUCCGUGCACAAAACCCAGAAAGACAAUCACGAUUCUUGGUUGUUGACGAAAAGUUCAACCAGGACCCAGCAACCAAAGAAUACAACUUCGACCAAAAAUUUGCAAGCGGUGAACAUUACAACGAAGAAGGUAAAUUGAAGACCGUCGAACGAGUUGAUGAAGACGGUAACUUGCAAAAGAAGGAUGUUAUUGUGACAAAAGGAUCAUACACAAUCAUCGAAAAAGAUGGCUCCAUGACACUUGUUAACUACACUGCUGAUGAAAACGGAUUCCACCCAGAAGUCGUAACACAAUCACCAGCCGGCAAAUAAAUUUAUGAAUAAGAUUCUUUAAACUCUUGUUAACUAUUGAAAUAUGAAAAUAAACAAAUAAACAAAUCAAUUCCAAAAAAAAA